AUGUCUGCUCUGGCAGUCGACAUGCCCUUCGACUUCAACUUUCCUUCGGCCUCGAUUGAGCGCCCAAGCCCGCCUCCUGCUAUGCCCGUAAUGCCCUUUGACCAGGCUCUCCUCGACAUGGCGUAUGCUUCGGCCUCUGCUAAUGCUGCCGGCCACAUUUCCGGCCACUCUCGUUCAUCUUCAAAGGUCUCGGUCUACUCCACCGCCUCUGCCGAGUCCGACCCGGAAUCUCUUGCUUCCCGUCUCACCACUCCCCCCCGUGCUUCACCUCCUGUCCGCCAACAUGGGCCUCUUCUGCUCCCCAAGAUCCGCUCCCAGGACCAGGACAUUGACGCUACUCCCUGUGGUCACUACCGCAUGACGACGCCUCCUGCCCCCAGGCCGUCCCGUCACACUCGCAGUUACACCAACCCCGAGUCCAUCCACGCCAUCACUUUUGACUCUCCCGCCACUGUUGCCUCUGUCAACACUUCAUUCUCUAGCCAAACCGACGAUCUGUCCGGAGCUCUCCUUACUUCCCCAGCCAACUUUGCCACUCAUGUCUCGGGUUCUUCCCACUCGCGUCGUGCCUCCAGCCUCGACAACACCACUCUUGACAAGUAUGGGUACCCAACCUACCGUCAGAUGCCCACAUACGUUCCUAUCGCUACUCCUCAGCCCCAGUCCGACUAUGGAUUCGCUUCAUACAACUACAGCCCUCGUUCUCAGUCCCCCUUGAGCAUCUCUACUACUCCGGACCCCACUCCCAACACCAACCUCAUCAGCUUCCUUACUUGCUCCAACCCUGCAGCCUCACUGGUCCGCACCAUCUCAUUCCCUCUUCGCGAUGCUACUACUAAGCACUUCUGGUGGGACGUCCGAAACAUUCGCUCUUGGUCCUCCUUCAACGCUGCCACCAUCCUCUCUCUUCCUGGUGCCACUGCUCUGCUCACAUCGCCCGUCCCGGCUUCUCUGCUCCCUCAACCUGCCUUUACGUCGCGCCACCCCGAGACUGAGGCUGCCCUCCACUCCAUCUACGCCUCCUACUACCUCCCCAAGCUGAACUCGGCCCUGGCCAUGUCCUCAACCCGCCCACUGCACCUGUCCGUGCCCCCCAAGACUUCUGGCCUCAAUGACCUUGUGUUUGUCGCCAAUGGUGCUGGCGAGUCUGCUACUGCCGCUGCCAUGUUCGGCGGCAAGCCCACUGCCCGUGUUGUCGGCCUGGUCCGAAGCUUCGACCGCUUCAACACUGGCAUGCGUGUCGAGGGUAACAUCAAGCGGGUCGAGUACCUUCGCGGCCUCGCCGCCAUCCACCAUGCUAUGCGCGAGCAUGGAUGCCGCUACGGCUUCAUUCUUACCGAGAUCGAGCUGGUUCUCGUUCGCAACGGUACUGAGACUACUCCAUUCUUUGGUGACCUCGAGGUCACCUCUGUCCAGCUUGCCUCAUCCGCGCCUGAGGGAGACGCCUCCACUCUCCCCCAUGAGACGCCAUUGACUGCAUGCCUCGCCCUCUGGGGCCUGUGCCAGCUCGCCAGUGACGACACGCCUGCCGGACAGGCUCACUGGCGCGCCGAGAUCGGUGCUCCCGCCGAGGGAACCCGUCGCAAGGCCCAGCCCCGAGACUCGUGGAUCCCCCAACCUCAGCUGGCUGAGAAGCGGGAGGCCAAGCGGAGUCGCGGCUGGGUCUGGCCCGAGGAUGCCAUUGGCCGCAAGGAGCUUGGAAAGCGAGGUGUUCGAUACGGCGGCAUCUAA